AUCCUUCGCUGUUCAGUUCCGUGCCUCAAAAAUUUUGCAGUAUAAAAGCUCUGCCUCCAAUCCAAAACCAUAACAUUCUACCCACCCCUUCCUUCCUCUGUUGCCACCUUUAAAGCAAUCAAAAAUGCUCAAGCCCGCUACUGCUCCUCCCUCCCUCCUCCUCUGCCUCCUCUUCUUGUCCAUUGCUCCAUCCUUCAGUGUGGGGAUUGCCGGAGCAGGGAAAUCCGGGCGGAGGUUGGCCGGAGAUAGCCCAUUCACGGCGAAGGCCUCGUUGAUUCGUUACUGGAAAAAGCAAGUGUCCAAUGACUUGCCAAAGCCGUGGUUUUUUCUCAACAAGGCCUCGCCAUUGGACGCCGUGCAAUUGGCGACCUUUUCAAAACUCGCCGAUCAAAACUCCUUGCCCGCCCAACUCCCCGCGUUUUGCUCCAAAGCCAAUCUCAUUUGCUUCCCCGACUUGUCCCCCAGCCUCGAAAAGCACACCGGGGACGUGAAUUUCGCCUCGUACAGCUUCCGGAAUUUCACCAAUUACGGCACCAACCGUGCCGGAGGUGUUGACUCAUUCAAAAACUACACCAACGGUGAAAAUAUCCCCGUCGACGCCUUCCGCCGAUACAGCCGUGACUCCGUCGGCCACGACGACAAGUUCACCAAUUACGCCCUCGACGCCAACGUUGUCGACCAGAGCUUCACCACUUACGGCACCGCCGCCACCGGCGGGACCGGCGACUUCAAGAACUACAACGACAAUUCCAACGUCCCAGGCCUCAAAUUCACCUCGUAUUCGGACAGCUCCAAUGGCCGGAAGCAGGGCUUCAAGGGGUACGCAACCAAUGCCAAUGCCGGGGACGAAGGUUUCACCAGCUACGGCAAAAAUGGUAAUGGAGCGGAGAACGAUUUCACCAGCUACGGCAAUAACUCUAACGUCGUCGGCUCCAACUUUAAAAAUUACGGUGAAACCGCGAAUGCUGCCACCGAUAAAUUCUCCUCUUAUGGGUCCAACGGGAAUGUCCCGGAAAACAAUUUCAAUAAUUAUGGCCCCGGAGGAAAUGCUGCUACUGAAACUUUUACCAAUUAUCGGGAUCAGUCCAACGUGGGAGAUGACUCCUUCCAAUCUUAUGCAAAGGGGUCCAAUGCGGCCACGGCCAAUUUCGUCAACUACGGUCAAUCUUUCAACGAAGGAUCCGAUAGAUUCACCAGCUAUGGCAGGGAUGCCUCGAGCCUGACCGUUGGCUUCAAAAUAUAUGGUGUGAAUAACACGUUCAAGGAGUACGCUAAAAGUGGCGUCACUUUUGCGAGUUACAGGAAUGACACCAGCAGCAGCAGCUCCACAGCCAGUUUGGCCGCAGAGAAGGCGGGUGCUAGUGGGAAAAGGGUAAAUAACAGGUGGGUUGAGCCCGGGAAGUUUUUCAGGGAGAAGAUGUUGCGGACUGGAACUGUGAUGCCAAUGCCCGAUAUCAAGGAUAAAAUGCCUAAAAGGUCGUUUUUGCCCCGGGUGCUCCUGUCGAAACUACCCUUUUCCACCAGCAAGAUCGGGGAAUUGAAGAAAAUCUUCCAUGCAGCGGAUGAUUCCAAGAUGGCGGGGCUGAUGGCGGAUUCGCUGGGCGAAUGCGAGAGAGCGUCGAGCCCCGGGGAGACCAAGCGGUGCGUCGGGUCGGGGGAGGACAUGAUCGACUUUGCAACUUCAGUUCUGGGUCGAAACGUCGGCGUUCGGACCACUGAGAACACCCAAGGCUCAGGUGGAAACAUCUUGAUCGGGAGUGUCAAGGGAAUCAACGGUGGAAAAGUCACAAAAUCAGUGUCCUGUCAUCAGAGUCUGUUCCCGUACUUGCUCUAUUACUGCCAUUCAGUUCCUAAAGUUCGGGUUUACGAAGCGGAUAUACUUGACCCAAAGACCAAGGACAAAAUCAACCACGGAGUUGCCAUCUGUCACGUGGACACGUCAACCUGGAGCCCCGGUCACGGAGCCUUCAUUGCUCUGGGUUCGGGUCCUGGUAAGAUCGAGGUUUGCCACUGGAUCUUUGAGAACGAUAUGACUUGGACCAUCGCCGAUUGAUCCAGAUUCAUUUGAGAGUAAUAAAUACUCUACUACUAGUCCAGAACUAGACUACUAGUCCAGUAAUCUCAUCUUUGUGACGGCUCUGAUCAAACCAGUGUGUUGCUAAAAGCGAGCCCCUGGUCUGGUUUGUGCUUGGUAAAUUCCAUUUACUCCUCUCAUAUUAUAUAUAUUCAAAAAAUUAUGUUUACGUUCGUCAAAAAGGAUUUGUCAAGUUCAACUUUCUUGAAAAGUACUACUAGUAAUUAGUGCUCUGUUAUUCAAUCAUAAGUUGCUUUCA